AAAAACUAUUCAUUGUUUCAAACGCGGUUAUCAUUAACCACUUGUAACUGUUCCAUGAAUAAAACAUUUUCUUCAAGUGAGAAGAAUUGGGUGACAAGUUCAAUGUCCGCCUGGAGAGACUUGGUAGGUGCAGGAGCUGCUUGUGCUCCAGACGACCAACAAGGAGCAGCUUCUUCUUCAGCAGCCUCAAGAAACCCAUUAGGUCGCUUGGCAGACUCUGUUUUGGGAGAAUCUCGAGAAAGAAAUACCUUCAGACAAACACCCGAACACUGGACUGGUCAGGAGGAAGCGUUGCUUUUUGGUGACUAUCAACAAGCGCCACAACAAACUAUACCCUAUGGACAACCUCCAGUACCCCAUCCAUAUGCUUUACCAGCACAACCACCUCGACCGUUCAGUUAUUCAGCGCCACUACCACCAGCAGGUUUUACGAACCAGAGUAGAGGCGGAGACUUUGUCAGUGAUUUCUUACAUGAACAGCAAAGUUCUGUAUAUAGUUCAGGACCCAACGUAAUUUCUCAAGUUCCAGGUCCAAGGGGUUACAAUUCUUCUUGGAUACGACCAAACUAUGACAAUGCCUCACUAUUUAGCUGGAUACCUGAGUACGAUAGGCAAGUUGGAGGCUCGUCCCAAAGUGUUUUAGCUCCAAACAACAAAGUACAACAUUCCAAUGAAGAGGAAGUUCUUGAAAGAGCCUUUUUGUCUUCGUCUCAACCUACAUCGUCUCACUGGUCUUCAGUACAGUCUUUAGUAAAGGACUAUGCAGCUUCUACCCUUAUGCACCAAGGUUUUCAACAAGAUAUGAGGAAAGCAGAAGGCAGCAGUGGCUUGGCGUCAGAAUUGGAUACGUUGCGAAAACGUUCCGAAGAAAUGGCAAGAUCUUAUUUUCCAGGAGCAAGUGACUCGUUUAUUCAGGAGCAAGUGAAUGAAUUUCUUCAGUCUUUACGUGAAAGCUCAGAUUGGGUAUCAUCUUAUCAUCAGGAACCGAACUUGGAACAAAGCACCAGUACAUGGCAUGAAGAAUUUUCCAAGUUGCAUUUGGAUGCUCAAAACACGACUGAGGAAUGGGCAAAGGAGUUGGUAAAGGAAGAUCAUACAACUUGGGCAGAGGAGUUCCAACAAGAUUCCACUAGUCUUCCAUGGCAAGAUGAAUAUCUCGAAAAGGAGAAUUUCGAAGAUACUUUCGAGGAUGAUUUGAGAGCUUAUCUUGGCAAAGACCCCAAUGAAUUGGAAUAUGAAUUUACUGAAGAGAAUCCUUAUCUGGGCAAUCCCAAUGCUAUGGCAGAAGGUGAAAGAUUAUAUGCGGAGGGGGAUUUACGGAAUGCGAUGUUGGCAUUCGAAGCAGCCGUUAGAACCGAGCCAAAUAAUGCUAAAUGUUGGUUUCUGUUGGGUCGGACUCAUACUGAAAUGGACCAAGACAAUCCAGCCAUAAUAUGUUUACGAAGAUCGAUUGAAGUUGGAGGUGAAGUUGCGGAUGCAUUGUUAGAAUUGGGUGUUUCAUAUACCAAUGAACUUAAUCACUCACAAGCUUUAGCAUAUUUGAAGAGGUGGUUAGAAACCCAGCCCAAAUAUCAGGCAUUCUCUCGUCAACAACCUUCUGAUGAUGCGGUGACAGCGCAUGCUUACUUAGUUGAACAGUUUAGAGCUGCUAGUGUUGCCUACCCACAAGACGUCAAUCUGUAUAUUGUUUUAGGUGUACUGCACAAUCUUUCGAGAGACUAUGAAUUGGCGGUGGAAUCAUUUGGAAAAGCAAUUCAACUGCAACCAAAUGAUCAUCGACUAUGGAACAAGUUAGGUGCCACCUUGGCGAAUAGUUAUCAAUCAAGAGAAGCAUUGUCAGCUUAUCGUAGAGCCGUCGACUUGAAGCCCAGCUAUGUUCGUGCCUGGGUAAAUGUGGGUACUUCUUAUGCUAACCAGGGUAUCUAUGAGCAGGCUUGUCGAUAUUAUCUGAAAGCUUUGCAAAUGAACCCCCGAAUCAACCAUGUUUGGAAUUAUCUAAGAACCAGCUUAAUAGCAAUGGGCAAAAAUGACUUGCUAGUUUUAACUGAUCAAUAUGAUCCGCAAGUUUUGGUGCAAGCCAUGGAUGCCGAUCUUUCAGCAGCGUGGCGGUCAUCCACCAGCAAGGAGGGGAAUAUAACCAAUCAUGCAAAUACUAUGCCAGUAGCCUGAAGGAUAGAUAUUCAGUUAUUCUUGUUUGGUAUUGCAUCUUUAUUUCCCAGUGAGUAUGAGAUAGUGGUCAUGAAUAAAGUUUAUAAGUUGGAA